AUGCCAGUGGGUUUAUUCAUGAUGGCAACAUCGGACCAUGUUGGCAUUAAAGAAGGCGACGACGACGACGACGACGACGACAACGACAACGACAAUAAAGAGGGAAAAUGGUGCACGAACAUGCUCUUGAACACUUUAGUCAAGCGAGAAAAUCGACUUCCUAUUUUGAUUUUAGCACUCACAUUCGCUUAUGUCCAUCAUCGUUCAAAUAUAAUUACUUAG